AUGGGCGCAGGACCUCAGGUAGUCAGUACGUCUGAAGAAACGGAAGUCCUUUGCGGUCCUCUCAUCAACUACAAGCACAUGAGCAACGAGCUCUCAGAUCAGCCGACAUGGCACGGAAGUGUACUGAUCGUGACGACCCCGGGAAACAAGCCUGCACCACUUUCUCUGCGCUGCGCCGGUCCAGUGGGAGCUGCCAGUGGGGCUGUCAAUGGCACAGGCGCACCACAAGAGCGUACCUUCGAUGCUGAGAGGCUGUUCGAGGACCCAAAGAAAGGAUUCUGGCGUUACUUGAUCGAUGCGCCCUUCCUCGAGCAGGAGACGGCUUGGGACUAUCUCAUCCCUCGCAUGAUUUCUGAGACCGAUCGCGCUCCUCUCGACAAGCCCAAGCGCUUCGUUAUCCCAUCUCGACAUGACAGCAUGCGUAUCAUGUUCCACUCCUGCAACGGCUUCAGUGUUGGAACCGAUCUGAAUGCAUGGACUGGUCCGGUGCUGUGGACUGAUGUUUUGCGUGUGCAUGAACAGCAACCAUUGCAUAUUAUGAUUGGAGGUGGCGACCAGAUCUAUAACGACAGUGUCCGAGUUGACGGUCCUCUGCGUCCAUGGACUGACAUCUCCAACCCAAGAAAGCGUCGCGACUUUCCCUUCAAUGAAGAUAUGAGGAGCAAGUGCGACGAUUACUACUUCAAGAACUAUGCCAAAUGGUAUAAAACCGAACCAUUCUCAACCGCGAAUGCGCAGAUUCCCCAGUUGAACAUCUGGGACGACCACGACAUCAUUGACGGCUUUGGAUCAUAUACCGACCACUUCAUGAAGUCCUCCGUGUUUCGCGGUAUUGGAGGUGUUGCUCACAAGUACUAUCUUCUCUUCCAGCAUCACAUUCCGCCACCUCCUUCGACCUACACCACAGAUGCGCCACAAACGACACACACGACGGGCAAGACUACUUCCCCGGAUGCAGUGCAAUUACGAAAUACAUUUGUCAUGGUUCCGAAGUCGGAAGAUCCGAGCUUCAUCAUUGGAAGCAGACCCGGCCCAUACGUCGAAGAACGAAGCCGCAACAUCUAUUGCCAGCUGGGCAAGCGUAUUGCGUUAGUCGGCAUUGAUGCCCGGACGGAAAGAACAAGACACCAGAUCAACUACGAGGAGACUUACGAUGCUAUCUUCAAGCGGACUAGCGACGAGCUGGCGAGAUCGAAUGGUGCGAUCAAGCACUUGAUCCUCCUGCUCGGUGUGCCCAUCGCCUACCCGCGACUGCAGUGGCUCGAAAACAUUCUCUCGAGUCCUAUCAUUGGUCCCAUCAAGUUCCUGAACAAGCGUUUCGGUGUAGCCGGCGGCCUCUUCAACCAGUUCGAUGGUGGCGUUGAUCUGCUCGACGACCUCGACGACCACUAUACAGCACAUCAGCACAAGAAGGAACGAAAAGCUCUUAUCCAUCGACUGCAGGAGGUAGCCAAGAAGCACAGUGUCCGCAUCACCAUCCUUGGUGGCGAUGUCCAUCUGGCUGCAAUUGGUCGAUUCUACAGCAACCCGUCAUUGAACAUCCCCGCGGAGCGUGAUUACCGAUACAUGCCAAACAUUAUCAGUUCUGCCAUCACCAACAAGCCACCGCCACAAGCCGUGGCAAAUCUGUUGGCGAAGAGAAACAAGAUUCACCAUCUUGAUCAUGAGACCGACGAGACUCUGCUUGAGCUGUUUGAUAAGAACCCCGGCGAAGGUGAGGAGGGCGUCGUUGCGAAGACUGCCAAGAACAACCACGCCACCAUGCCGAGCCGCAACUACGCGAUCAUCACCGAAUCUCAUUCGCAUGCAGGAAGCCAGACGAAUGGUGCAGCAACCGCUGGUGCCGUCAAUGGCGCGGUCAAUGGCGCGGUCAAUGGCGCGGUCAAUGGCGCGGUCAACGGCGGUCAAGCAGUUGACGGAGAGCUGAACGGUGUCGGCAAUACCGCCGAUAACAGCGACUUCAAGCUCCCCAAGAACAUGCGCGAGCCGAUCCACAAGGGUGAGAUUCAAGCCGGCACACAGCAUCCUGCUGCUCAAGGCCUGCAAAAGACUGGUCUCGCGGGCUUGCACGGUCUUGACGUUACCAUUCGCGUUGAGGUCAAGUCUGGUGACCCAUCAGGCCGGACAGAGGGUUAUGGUAUUAGUAUCCCUGCUCUCGAAGCCGGUGCUUACAAGAGCCAAGGCGAGCGGUGGUAG